AUGCCGAAUAGUGUUACAGAAGAGCAUUGGCGUACAUUGAUUGCGAAUAAGCUACACACAAUGACGGCUGGCAUAUCAAAUCGAGUCGACGACUCUCACAUGAUGAAGGAAUUCCUAUAUUUCAGGACAGCGCAGUCAGGUGCAAAGGCAGGGAUCGGCGACAACGUUGAUAUGGCAUGUGUUGGUCGUCCAUAUUUCAGCACGAGGAACAGUCGCGUUAGCAUUGGACCAGCAGACAUCACAGCAGGAGAUCUUGUCUGUGCCUUUUUCUGGGCCAACUCCAUGUAUCAUUCGCCAGUCCCAAUAGGCUUGUGGUGGGGAAGGAAAUCUUUAGAGGAGAGAUGA